AUGUCCUGGCUCAGGAGUUUAUAUUUCCAUGGAGUGUUGUUAUUAUUCGCCCAUUUAGUCUGGGCUGAUGUUAUAGUGCAAUUGAAUAUAAAUCGUCCCAUUAAUGAUGUCAGUGAUAAAUUUGUUAGUUUUACCAUGAAACCAGAGGAUUUAUAUAAGGCCUUAGAUGGUUCUAAUAGAAAAACUAUAACACGCAUGGCCUCCAUGUUGAGCCAUUCUCAUGUUAAAUUUGUGGGUGAUUAUUAUUUUGCGGCCAAGACCGAAGGUAUACGUUUAAGAAAUCCAACAAAAAUUGUUUGGAAGGGCUUCAAUAAGUGGACCAAAGCCGUCAAUUGGUCUAUGAUUAUACCGGUGCCAUAUAAACCCGACAAUUGGGAUGCCAUGCAGGCUUUGAAAAUUUUAGAUACUUCACAGAUGGUGGGUAUUGAUGAGGCUAUCUGGCAGUUGGGCACUGAUUUCGGUUCUUCCCGUGCGGCGGACUAUGUAAGCGAACUGAAGACCUUUAAUUUAAUGGUGGAGUCAUUUAAACAAUCUGUUACCAAUUGGCAAACUAUGGGUGCCGAUAUUUCGGCUGGUAGUAGUCCGGAUGAAACGCGUCGUUAUGUGGAGAUGUCUAGGGAUUUGAAUGCGGCUUAUGGUUGGAUUCAAUCCGAAGAUAUGUUCUCAAGCAACAGUGUAGGAUCCCCCAUAUCCGACCGAGAUCCUGCUCUUAAAGUCUUAUUUAAAGCAAAUGUUCCCGUUUGGCUGUCGCUGCCCAAAAAGAAAGUCCUCUCAACACAUCUGGAUGAUGAGGUCAUUGAUGGACUUAACUGGGCUCAGACAAUGGGUGAUGCUGCCAAUUUGGGUUUCGAAUCCAUAUUUAAACCUCUCAGCCUAGAUGAUUUGGAAAAACCCAAGUAUGGCUUCUAUGUAACGGCAUUGUUCAAAAAGAUAAUGGGCUCUCGUGUUUAUCCCGCCCGACCUUUGGGUGUGUUUGGUCGCAACAAUAAAUUGUAUACCCACUGUGCCAAUAUGGUAUCGGGCGGUCUAGCUUUUAUGGUGACCAAUAAGCAGGAGCAACCAUUACAGAUAACUGUUAGAUCCAUGAACAAACUACAAGAUUCAGAGGUAUGGCAAUAUGCCCUGACCAUGUCCAAUGGUCAUGUUAUGCUAAAUAAUAAAAAGUUGUGGGUGAAUUCUACCCUAAUGCCUGAGAUCAGAAGGAAACACACCAAAUCAAUGUUGCAAUUGAAGAUGCCCGGUUUGUCGGUGAGUUUUUGGGUUUUGCCCAAUGCCAACUUGGAACACUGUCAAUUUACUGAAGUCGAGACACCGGUGGUGCCAGCUGAGGAGACCAAUCAAAAAAUUAAACGUUAUUCAUCCACCGAUCGCUUGUUAAAGGAACUAAUUAAAGAAUCGUCCAAACCUCCUCUCUCACCCUUGGCCAGUCUUAUUAGAAGACAUCGCAGAUCAGUGGAUACAGAUGCAGACAGAUUUAAACGCUUUAUUUUAGAAGGCUCAAGGGAUGAGGUUAAACCUUUGGCCAAUUUUGCCGGAAACAUUGUACAAGAAAUGAAGUCGCCGCUUAAAAGGGAUAUUUUUUCACCAGACCGCAGAAUUUCAGCCAUAAAAUGGUUAAGCAACAUCUUUAAAGAACCCCUAAGUUUGGAUUUGCCAUUGCUAAAGAGAAAUGCCCGCCAAUCGGAUGCCCAUUCAGGACCCUUCUUUAUGACUCGUGAUGGUAAAAAGACUGCCUUUACCAAGAAGAUCACGGAGAUUAAAAAACCCGAAAAGAAAGUCAAUAAAUUUCCUGCAGAAGACCAAGAAUUUGAUGAGGAAAAGUUCUUUAAAAAUGUGGGUGCACAGCCCGAGCCAGAAUAUGUUCGUGUACCCGAAGGAGAUGUGUUCCUAAGUAAAAUAGCCUCUCUAGAUGGUGAAGAUACAGAAGAUGAGCUGAAAAUAGAAACCAAAAAGUCCAACAAAGCCAAGGCCCCAACUAAAGAAAUUGUUAGUGAAAUGAAACCAUUGCGUCUCUUGCCCACAGAAUUCUUUGAAGCCUUACCCGCUAGUCCCCUUAAACCUGUGGCCAAUAAGCUCAAUAUUGGUUCUGCCUUGAAUUCCCUGCUUUUCUCGGAUCCCUUCGGCAAGAGCUAUGGCAAAGCUAGCAAAAAUGUAUUUGGCAAAAACUUUGAUCUGAAAGAAGAUCCUAUUGCAACGGAAAUUGUAGAACCGGAAAUCCACAAGGAUUUAGAUAUUGAGGCAGAAACCAAUGAUGAAGAUGAUUUUGUGCAAGCUCAAAUCGAUAUAACCCAAAAAGCCUUAAAAAACAAGGAUGCAAUAGAGGAAGAUGAAGAAAUUGCCGCCAAAGAUGUUGAAGAUUUAUUGGAUGCCACCGAAGAGAGAACCUCGGAAAAAACAAAACCUUUAUAUUCCAAUUUUCUAUCCUCUGAUAGUUUAAAUUUCUUUGGUGAAUCUACCAAAACCGAGGCGGACGAGGAUGUUGAUGUCGAAAACAAAUCUGUACAAACUGACAGCUCUAGCAAUGGUAAAUUUGAGGAAUUACCUUGGUGGGAUCUAUCAGCCAAGCGCUUAAAACGCUCGCUGGACACUCGUUAUUCGGCCGAUUCGUGGCGUAAUAAUAUGAUUAGUAAAGAUGAAGAUCCCAUAACAGCUGCUGAUGAAUUAUCACCAUUACGUUACCGAAAUUUCGAAAAUAAAGUGGAUGAGGUCGUACGCACUACCAAUAAUAAAAAUACAAAUAAAAUCGACGUUGACGAUGAUGGUUCAAUUGGCAAAAGAAUUGUGAAGACUUUUAAGGAACAAGUAACAAAAUUGGUGGAUAUUUUCUCGCAACAUGUCAAUGAAUGGUACAAUACAUUGACGAAACAAUUGGAUAGUAGUGCUGAGGAAACCACUACGGAAGGCAAUCGUAUAGCGUAA